GCUAUAGUCACGUGACGGCGCCAUCCGGGUCCUUUGCCUUCUCUCCCUCUGCCCAACAUGGCGGCUUCAGUCUGAAGAGUGACUUUUAUAUGCCUUUGAAAUGCACCAGACUGCACCAUUAUCUGCAGGUAUUAUCCAAAAUAAGCUGGAAGCUAAGAAGAAGAACAAGAAGGGGAAAACCCUUACUCUGACGGACUUUCUGGCAGAGGAUGGUGGCAGCGGUGGUGGCGGUGGAACCACCUUUAUUCCAAAACCAGUCAGCUGGGCCGAUGAAACAGAUGACCUGGAAGGAGAUGUUUCCACCACUUGGCAUAGUAAUGAUGAUGAUAUGUACCGAGCCGCACCAAUUGACCGGUCCAUCCUGCCCACCGCACCUCGGGCUGCUCGGGAACCCAAUAUAGACAGAAGCCGUCUCCCAAAGUCGCCCCCGUACACUGCCUUUCUGGGAAACUUGCCCUAUGAUGUGUCAGAAGAGUCCAUCAAGGACUUCUUCAGAGGACUCAACAUAAGUGCUGUGCGUUUGCCCCGGGAACCUACUAACCCGGAGAGGUUGAAAGGUUUUGGUUAUGCCGAGUUUGAAGACCUGGACUCCUUGCUCCGGGCUCUGAGCCUCAAUGAAGAGUCUUUAGGGAACAGAAGGAUACGAGUGGAUGUUGCUGAUCAAGCUCAGGAUAAAGACAGGGAUGAUCGCUCCUUUGGCAGAGAUCGUGAUCGCAACCGGGACUCGGAGAGAUUUGAGACUGACUGGAGGGCUCGUCCUGCUACUGAUAGCUUUGAUGAUUACCCUCCACGCAGGAGCGAGGAUAGCUUUGGAGACCGGUAUCGGGACCGCGAUCGUUACAACGAUUCGGACCGGUAUCGCGAUGGCCCUCGCCGGGAUAUGGAUCGCUUUGGGGGUCGAGAUCGUUAUGAUGACCGUAGUAGAGACUACGAUAGAGGAGGCUACGAUUCCAGGGUGGGCAGCGGCCGGAGAGCCUUUGGCACUGGGUACCGUCGGGACGAUGACUUCAGAGGAGGAGGUGACCGUUACGAAGAUCGCUAUGAAAGGAGGGACGACAGGGUGGACAGGUGGAGCUCCCGGGAUGACUACGCCCGGGAUGAAGUUCGUCGCGAUGAUAGAGGUCCCACUCAGAGGCCAAAACUGAACCUGAAACCGCGCAGCGCCCCCAAGGAGGAAGACUCCUCGGUGGCCCCUGCCACUCAGUCCAGCCGCGCAGCCUCUAUCUUUGGGGGUGCCAAGCCUGUGGAUACAGCCGCAAGGGAGCGGGAAGUGGAAGAGCGGCUACAGAAGGAGCAGGAGAAGCUGCAGCGUCAACUGGAGGAUGAUAAACCAAGGCUAGAAAGGCGGCCCCGAGAGAGACACCCCAGCUGGCGUAGUGAAGAGAACCAGGAGCGCUCACGGACAGGGAGCGAGUCCUCACAGACUGGGAGCACAGGCCCGUCCGUGGGAACUGGCCCAACGGGAAGAACCACCCGAAGGAGGGAGAGCGAGAAGUCCUUGGAAAAUGAAACCUUCAGCAAAGAGGAUGAUGCCCCGUCUCCCACCUCCAAGACCCCCAAGGAAGAGAAGCUCCCUCUGAAAGUGAUGCCAGCACCACCGCCGAAGGAGAACGCCUGGGUUAAACGCAGCAGCAACCCCCCUGCCCGCUCCCUGAGCUCUGACACGGAGCAGCACUCUCCCACAAGCAGCAGCCAGGCAGCACCAGCCCUGCUGUCGGAGGAUAGAGCACCACCUAAGAGUGCUCCCAGGAAAGGAGAUGAGAACAAACCAGAUGAGGGGAAGGAGAGCGUUCCAAAAGGUCGAAGUGGCCCAGGAGACGGAGGCAGUAGAGAUCAUUGGCAAGAUUCAGAUAGGAAAGAAAGCAAGAACGAUCAUGACUCGCAAUCUGCAUCUGAGCCAAAGAAGCCCGACGAGAAUACAGCCUCUAAGUUCAGCUAUGUUAGCAAGUACGCUGCUCUGUCAGUGGAUGGUGAAGAUGAAGUGGAGGAAGACAAUUACACUGAUUAAAAUCUCCAGACCCUGCGCUGUCUCCUAGCCGAUCGCCACCCAGGAACAUAGGAAAAGCAAACCAAACCAGACGAGACAGAAAUAAAAUGUAAAACUCAACAUCUCCUGGAGACCUUUCUUAAACUUUUUUUAAAAAACAAAAGGAAACCAUUUCUCUUGCAUGCUGCUGCAGCCUUUAAAGUAUUGAACUAACUGGAGAAUCUCUGCAAAGUGUAGCGAGAGAGAAGUGCAAGUUUUAAAAAGAAAAGGGCGACUCAGCGUGGUUUCCAGUGUGACUUGAGCAUAGGCCCUGUCACUUAGAGUGGACGUUUAACAUGUUAGCCAGCCAGGUGUCUUGGAGAAGCCUGAGCAGAUUGGGCAGUAGGACAGCUAAUUAAGGAAGAACUGGCUUUUCUCCCUCAUCUUGCUAGCCUAAAUGGAUGAAUUCUGCAAUGUUACCUUAAUAAAUGAUCACUUUGAAGGUA